GUCGUCAAGGAGAGGCGGAACCGGUGGAAACAGGAAGCGUCUCAUGACACUCACUGCUGAACGUCCAGAAAACAAAACAUGAUGGCCCAGUUUCAGGAGGUAUCAAACCAGUCCUCUCUGCACCCGAAGCCUUCAGGCUUGGUUCUGCAGUAUGGUACUGCUGGUUUCAGGACUAACGCCAAACAGCUGGACCACAUCAUGUUCAGGAUGGGACUGCUCGCCACUCUGCGUUCCAAGAAGACCAAAGCCACCAUCGGAGUCAUGGUCACUGCGUCGCACAACCCUGAAGAGGACAACGGGGUGAAGCUGGUUGACCCCAUGGGGGAGAUGGUGACGCCGACAUGGGAGGGCUACGCCACCCAGCUGGCCAACGCUGAGCAGGAGGAUCUGCUCGCUGCACUGAAGGACAUCAUCGAGAAGGAGGCCAUAAACAUGAGCCAGGAGGCAAAUGUGUUUGUUGGCAAAGACACAAGGAGCAGCAGUGCCAGCCUCUCACAGGCAGUACUGGAUGGAGUCUCUGCACUCGGUGGCCACAGCAAAGACUACGGCUUGGUGACCACCCCACAGCUCCACUACAUGGUCUGCUGCAAGAACACAAGCGGUAAAUACGGAGAAGCCACAGUGGAGGGAUACUAUAAGAAACUCUGCCAAGCCUUCAUUCAGCUCACAAAGAAUGCAUCCAACUGUACAGAUGACCAGAAGCACCUCUCAGUGGACGGCGCCAAUGGUAUCGGGGCUCUAAAGGUGCGGGAGAUGGAGAGUCACCUGAAGGGGGAGCUGCACAUAUCGCUGUUCAAUGACGGGAGCACUGGAAAGCUCAACCACCAGUGUGGAGCUGACUUUGUCAAAGUGCAGCAGAAACCUCCAACAGGCAUUAAGAUGAACCCAGGGGAGCGCUGCUGUUCCUUCGACGGCGACGCCGACCGAAUUGUUUACUACUACGCUGACUCUGAAGGACACUUUCACCUGCUGGACGGAGAUAAAAUCGCCACUCUCAUCAGCACUUUCCUUAAAGAGCUGCUCACACAGGCUGGUCUAGACUUGAAGAUAGCAGUUGUGCAAACUGCUUAUGCUAACGGAAGCUCAACAAAGUACUUGGAAGACACCAUGAAGGUGAUAGUGAGGUGCACCAAAACUGGAGUGAAGCACCUUCAUCAUGCAGCCCAGGAGUUCGACAUUGGCGUGUACUUCGAGGCCAACGGUCACGGAACUGUGUUGUUCAGUAAAGCAGCUGAGGAGAAGAUCCAGCAGCUGGCUGAGAACUCCAGCACCAACGAGGAGAAGAAGAGAGCAGCUCUCCUGCUGCAGAACACCAUGAAUGUCAUCAACCAGACUGUAGGUGAUGCCAUCUCUGACAUGCUGCUGAUCGAGGCCAUAAUGGCCAUUAAGGGUAUGACUGUCCAGCAGUGGGACGCCAUCUACAGCGACCUGCCAAACAGGCAGCUUAAAGUCAAGGUGUCAGACCGCAGGGUGAUAGACACGACAGACGCAGAGAGGCGAGCAGUGAGCCCGGCAGGACUGCAAGAGGCCAUCGACAGUCUGGUGAAGAAUUACAAACAGGCCCGCUCCUUUGUGAGACCCUCCGGCACAGAGGACGUGGUGAGAGUUUACGCCGAGGCAGAGACACAGGAGAGCGCCGAUGCCCUCGCACAUGAAGUCAGCCUUGCGGUGUAUCGUCUCGCAGGGGGAGUGGGGGACGAGCCCAAAGCAUUGCACUAGAAACACCCAGAAUCACACUUUGACUAAUCAGUCGGUGCUUUUAGAACACAAUCCCAGCAGACGACAUCAAUCUCUGAAGUAAUUUAUCACAAUUGCUUCUUCACGGUGAGAUGUCAAAUUCUAUUGUAGGGUUAAUUGCACUUGGUACUUCACUGUCAUUUUCUACUUCUUUAUAUUUGUCUGUCAGUGUGAGGAUGUGGUA